AUGACGACACGGGCUGUGCGGGCCAAUGAUUUGGAGUGCUCACAUGUGCUUCAGACACCAGUCGUGCUGAUGACAUUCCCCAAAGUGUACCCUAGGGAAUGCAGUAAUCAGACCCCUGGAGGAUGUUUUCAAAAUCGUUUUGAACAGAUCAAGAACAUCACAGCUAAAGUGCUUCCUUUGAAUACUGUGACAAACAUUUUGACUGUGGCCUUCAACGCUUCAGAGAAGAUUGUAGAGUCAUCAUCAUCAGCAAGCCAAGCUGAACUAGCCUCCUAUGGAAACUGUGUGUUAAAAACUAGUGAGAAACUCAUUUCUACAUUAGUGAAGCCAACAGUCACAAGUGACAGAGUCAGUUUUACUCUUCCUGCUGUAGAGGGUCAAGUCUUCAUGGUUGGACCACAGGUCACCUUAAAUAAAAUCCCUCGACUUGACACGACAAAUUCUUCUGUGGACAUCGAUCUCAUUGGGAUAUCCAAGAACAACACUGAAAGAUCAGCUGCUGUGGCUUUCAUGAGUUACGUCACGAUGGAGAAUCUACUGAAGCCAGACUUUUUUAACACAUCAAAUGGCACAAUUAAAACCAUGAUGUCCACUGUGAUCUCAGUUACUCUUCCCAAAACCACCAACACUAAACUCACCAAACCAGUCAACUUCACCUUCAGACACAUCAGAGAGUUUGAUCCCAAUGGUUCCCUGUCCUGUGUGUACUGGAAUAACAGAGAGUGGAUUGUAGAUGGUUGUUCUGUUUUAAGAACUAACAGCAGCUACACUGUGUGUUCCUGUGUUCAUCUGUCUACAUUCGCUCUCAUCAUGCAAACCAGCCGUCAGUCAGAGGUACAGAACAGAACUGACAUGUUUUCUCAGAGUGACUCACUGCUGGAUCUGUUGAAUUUGGUGUGUGUGAUCGUGGGGCUGGUGUUCUUCAGUUUGGCCCUGUUGACCUUUGCCCUUUGUCAGUGGAGUCCUUUAGUGAAUAAUGUGGCUCGAAUCAACAUCUGCAUCAGUCUUCUGCUGGCUCACCUUCUGUUCCUGCUCACACAGCAGUUCCUGAGCCUCAUACUGAGUCAGCAGGUGUUGUGUGCCGCGAUCGCAGGCCUUCUGCACUUCCUCUUUCUCUCCGGCUUUGUGUGGAUGUUCAUUGAAGGUGUGCUGCUCUUCAUCUGUGUGAAGAACCUAUCACAGAUCAGCUCUAAAAAGAGGGCAGUGCUUAGCAGUGGAUUCCUGUGUGUGAUUGGAUAUGUGGUUGCUCUGGUUGUGGUGUGUGUGUCUGUCGGUCUGGUUCCUGAAGGCUACGGCAACGAACAGUGAGUGAUCUGAUAAAAUAUAGACACAGGCUGUAUCAGUGUUACGCACAAGAUUAAAAUCUGCAAUAUUUCACCAGUCAACACCUGAAAUAGUAUUUCUGACAAA